UUUCCAAUUCUUUAGUCUUUAACAUACUUGUAUAACUGUGGUUUAAGUGGCUUGUUGAGGUUACUGGGGGAAAGGGAAGGGGAAGGGGAAGGAAAAUAAGGGCCAUAUAGGGUUCUUCAUUUGAUUUGUGUUUCUUUUUGUUUCUAUCUUUUCCAGUGUUUCCAAAGAGAAAUUAUCAAUAAGGGCAUAUAGCAUAACUGUGGUUUAAAUUGACUUAUAAACCAAUCUUCUCUUCUGGGAACUGUAUUAUGUUAACAACUUAGGUUUCAUUAUGUAUUGGAUGAUAAGAUGAUACCAGUUACUUGCAUUUCUCCUUCCAGUUAAACACUAUUCAUAUAUUGCUUAGUUCUUGUUUUUUUACUUUCCCAUUGUUUACGGUCACCACAGCUUUCUUUAAUCUUGUAGAUAUUGGCAUCAUGUUUCAUGUUAGCUCUGUAACAUGAUCAUGUUCAGGAUAAAAAGCAAAAUUCUUGACAACUUAUAGGGUAGAUUACUGAUGCAAGUAGUUUCAGUGGAAUUCGUACCUUCAUCUUGGUGACAAGAAGCUAGGAGCAGGAGAGAUGGACUUCACAGGAGCAGCACCUCCACUGAGUCACCAUCCUGAUGAGAACUUGCCAUAUGUUCACAAGGUGGGGUUGCCUCCAAAGCAGAACCUUCUGAGGGAAUUCAAGGCUACUGUGAAGGAAACCUUCUUCCAUGACGACCCCUUGCGCCCUUUCAAGGACCAGCCCAGAUCAAAAAAGCUAGCCCUCGGCCUCCAAGCUCUUUUCCCCAUUAUUGAAUGGGGAAGGGAAUACAAUCUCUCCAAGUUCAAAGGUGAUCUCAUUGCUGGACUUACCAUUGCCAGCCUUUGCAUUCCCCAGGAUAUUGGAUACGCAAAGCUUGCAAACCUUGAUCCCCAGUAUGGGCUUUACAGUAGCUUUGUUCCACCUCUGGUGUAUGCCUUCAUGGGUAGCUCGAGAGACAUCGCCAUAGGACCAGUGGCUGUGGUGUCCCUACUGCUUGGAACCCUACUGCAGGAUGAGAUCAACCCCUCUAACGUUGAGUAUCGUCAUCUUGCCUUCACAGCUACCUUCUUUGCCGGCAUCACUCAGGCAACUCUGGGUUUUUUCAGAUUAGGUUUCCUGGUAGACUUUCUUUCUCAUGCUGCAAUAGUUGGGUUUAUGGGUGGAGCUGCCAUAACUAUAGCUCUUCAGCAGCUCAAAGGUCUAUUAGGCAUCAGAAACUUCACAAGGAAGACUGACAUUGUGUCUGUAAUGCGCUGUGUCUUUAGCUCAGCACAUCAUGGAUGGAACUGGCGGACGAUAAUCCUAGGAGUUUCAUUCCUGAUCUUUCUUCUGUUUGCCAAAUACAUCGCAAAGAAGAGCAGGAGAUUGUUUUGGGUACCUGCAAUUGCUCCGCUGAUCUCUGUUAUUGUCUCGACAUUCUUCGUGUAUAUCACCCACGCAGACAAGCAUGGUGUUCAAACUGUAAACCAUAUUAAGAAGGGUAUCAAUCCAUCCUCUGUGGAUGAAAUCUUUUUCAGAGGCAAGUAUGUAGCCAAAGGCUUAAGGAUUGGUGUUGUGGCAGGAAUGAUAGCACUGACAGAAGCCAUAGCAAUUGGGAGAACAUUUGCAGCCAUGAAGGACUAUCAGAUUGAUGGAAACAAAGAAAUGGUAGCUCUAGGAAUGAUGAAUGUCAUCGGGUCGAUGACAUCCUGUUAUGUGGCAACAGGAUCUUUCUCUCGCUCAGCGGUUAAUUUCAUGGCUGGAUGCAACACAGCAGUCUCCAACAUUGUGAUGUCUUGUGUUGUCUUCUUAACUUUGGAACUGAUCACACCACUGUUUAAGUACACCCCAAAUGCCAUUCUUGCUUCUAUCAUCAUAUCUGCAGUGAUAGGACUAAUCGACUUUGAAGCUGCGUUCCUCAUAUGGAAGAUCGAUAAAUUCGACUUUGUUGCUUGUAUGGGAGCUUUCUUGGGUGUGAUUUUCGCUUCGGUUGAGAUUGGCCUCCUGAUUUCUGUUGCCAUAUCCUUUGCUAAAGUCCUGCUGCAAGUGACAAGGCCACGGACUGCUAUACUGGGAAAGCUCCCUAGGACUAGGGUUUACAGGAACAUUCAGCAAUAUCCAGAGGCAACCAAGGUUCCCGGUAUUCUGGUUGUGAGAGUUGAUUCUGCAAUCUACUUUUCAAACUCCAACUAUGUCAAGGAGAGGAUUCUGAGAUGGCUAGUUGAUGAGGAAGAGCAACUGAAGCCAAAAAACCAACCCAGAAUUCAGUUUCUAAUAGUUGAAAUGUCACCUGUUACUGACAUCGACACCAGUGGCAUCCAUGCCUUGGAAGAAUUACACAGAAGUCUCCAAAAGAAGGAUGUUCAGCUCGUUCUAGCAAAUCCAGGGCCAGUUGUGAUUGACAAGCUCCACGCAUCUAAUUUCACCAACUUGAUUGGGGAAGACAACAUCUUCCUCACGGUAGCAGAUGCAGUCCUAACCUGUGGUCCAAAGAUGGAAGAACCUUGACAUCUCCACACAUCUAAUCUACUUCCCAAUAACGAUAAAAUCCAGUAGCUAGCUUCACAAAGAGGAACGAAUUUUAUGGAUUGAACAUAGUUAGUUCUAACAUGUUUUGAUUGAUUUUGCAAGUUGUUGUAGUCCAAGAAGAUUGAAGCUAAGUUGUGAUUAACAUGUUCUUUUGUUUU